CAUAUUGUAAGUACCCCCUUUAUUUACUUAAACCCGUGUUGGAGAAGCCCUGCACGGUCUCUGUUUAUGGCCUCUGCCUAGCUUGCAGACAGGUAUCCACUACCCCUUUAGCCAGGUGCUGCUGGUUUACAGAUGUGAGGCCCAGACAGAGCUAGGAGUGAGGUUGGAAUCUUCCCACAAGUAGUUGAUACAUUCCUGAUUGGAUCCACAGCAGCCUCCUCUCUCUCCUUAAACGGCUUGGCAGCUGCUGGGAGUCCCAGCCCUGUCCACACCCUGUAACCAGCCCACAUGUACUCACGGCACCCCGCCCUGCCACAGCUCUCCACACUGCGUGCCCUCUUCUAACAGUGCCCCUUCUAUGCCAGCAUGUCGGACCCAGCACCCCAGGGCAAUGGCAACUGCAUGAGCCAAGUGAUCUCUUACAGCAAGACCAGGAAGGGGAUCAUCUUUGUAGCAGAAUCAGUAAGUCCCUUAAUGGCUUUAUAGUAACUUUAUGUACUCCACCACACCCCUAACUCUACUAUCUUGGGGGGGGGAGUCCUCUUUCAUUAAUAUUAUUCUUUUUAAUUUUUCUAAACUUCACCUUUUUAUUUGAAUGCACUUUUCAGAACCAUACAAUGUAUCUACAGUACUAAUAUUCUAUUUUAUUACUGUGAUCCAUACGCCACUAGCGAUUUCCUGCCUGUUUCUCCUCCUUGUCUACAUUGUUUUUAUUUUGAACAUUUUAAAGCUAUGUUUAGCCUGUUCUAGGCUCUCCUUUCAUCCUCCUCUCUCUGAAGUUGCAACACGAGGCACAGGGAGCCAAUGGAGGGCUGUCUGUUUUUAUAUGACUGGGAGGCAGAGACACAGAGCAUCUGUAACAUUAUCAUCAAUUUAUAUUAUUGGGUUUAUGUACAUAAGGCGACAGUCUACGUAUGGUAAAUGGCUACAUUCUACUUGUUUCCAUGGUGAUGCAUUCAAUUUUGAAAUUGCUGUUCUACUUCGCCCAUUUUAUAUCAGCCAUAUGUCUAGCUGAGCUACUUGGGGAAAGAUAUAUCUGGCUGUUUAUCUCUCUCUCUCUCUCUCUCUAUCUGUUCCUCCAUCUUUAUAUGUGUAUAUUGUCAGUCUGUCAUCAAUCCAUCUUUAAUUAUGUUAUACAUGUCAAUAUAGUCAUGUUUAAUACAUGAAAUAUAUAUAUAUAUAUAUAUAUUCAAUUGCCUGUCUGUAUAUUUUUAAUUUAUAUUAUCGAUUUGCAAUACGUUUAACCACCUUUUUAAAAAUGUAUAAUACACAUGGCGGUUCCCCCCCACCAUUGUUAUAUUUUAUUUGUUUAUGUUGACAUUCCCUUCUUUGUACGUUUUUUGCACUUUUUUUCCCUCACCCUUCAAUUAUGAUAUUACAAUGAAGCAAGAGGUGCCUUUUUUGUGUGAAAACAGGCACAAGUUAUAACUGCCUGACAAUAUGUAGUUUAUCCCUCUAGCCUCAGAAGGGUUAAUAAAACCUGCUCCUUCCAUUUUUAGAGGUUCCACCUAGUCACUUCCCUCAUUCAUACAGUACCCACUGAGCACAAGGGGCCCAGGAAAAAAUGAGUAACCAAAAAGCUCUCCAUGCCUUCCUGUGGCACACCCAUUGCUCUUUUAAAACUUUUUAAUUUUUUUUAUAGCUGCCCAUAAUUUCCUUGUCAGCCAUUCCAUGCUAGUGGCUCGGGGGAACUGCCCCUUGCCAGCCCUCCCAUGGCGCUUGCCAGCUUUAUUUUUUAUGUUUUUUCAGAUGGUAUUUGUCAAGCUAAAAAAAGGCAGGGCUACAUGAACUGCCAGUGGAGGAUAUUUUAUUGUGGGAAAGAUACCAAAAGUGUGUAAAGUUUCGGCACAUUAAACAUCAGGUUUACCUGGUUUUGGAUCCCCUGAGUGAUCUGUAGACUUUCAGUAUCUAUUGGUAUUUAUUAGUCAUCAAUUAUUUUUAUUUUAUUUAUAUUAGGAGUACCCGAAAAUGCAGUCCCCACAGCUGGAGGUUCCUUUUAUGACUAAACUAGUCAAAAGGUAGACCCCCAUCUGUUGUAGAACUGCAACCCAAUGGCCCUUGCCAGUGGAGGGCUAACCACUCUAACAACUUGGCCCGUGGGGCAAGUAAACACAAAAUGGCCUUCUUUUGUCCAUGAAACUCCGAUCUCAGUGUGGAAGUUCCUUCUCGAGUGGAGCAUGCAGUGUGUGUAUAAAUAGAACUGACAAAUGGAGGCUGCUGGAUUUGAAAGGUGUGCCAUCAUAUACCCCUGUAACCUCCCAGCAGUGUGAAGAAACCUAAUGGGGAAAUAUCCCAACUUGACCAGCCCAUUCCUGGAGAGCACUAAAAGCUCAGGCCACCAACCCAUGUACAAACCCUCGCAGACCUGGAAAAGCAAAGCAGACCUGUACGGUUCCUAUCUGCUACCUUACUCCUGCAGAAUUAUGGCUGAUUGUAUCUAUAAGUCACCCAGUGUUUGUUUAUUUACAUGAGGGAUAACCAAAAAUGAAUCCCCACAAGCGUUCUUCAGCUGCAUCUCACAUGAUUCUCCAUGCAGGCAUUAUGGGAAUUGUAGUUCUGCAUGGGAUAGGUAAUGGGUUACCUACUGGCAUACCUCCCAGCAUUUCACAUGGACUUUACUUUUAGGGUGUGAGUUGGGGUGUGGUCACGGACACAGGGUGAUUUCUAAACACAUUUAUUGUACUUUACAGACACUUUACUGUGAGUGUAUGACAGAACUCCACAGUAAAAAUACCCAGAAACACCAGCAAUAUGGAGCUUGUAAAAAAGAGGGACAGAGGGAUUUAGACCCCAAAAAUAGGGACUAUCCCUCCUAAGUAGGGACACUUGGGAGGUGUUUAUGUGUGUGUUGACUGAUAGAAAAUUGAGAUGAUAGAGGUAUGCAUUUCUACAUCUAAUUUUAUUUGUCACGCUUCACAAAUACAUAUUUGAUAAAUAUAAGGUUCAGCAUUCUCAAAUCUGCCCAGCAGUUCAAUAUGCAGAAUGAGACCGGGAAUUACGACCAUGCAGAGAGCUCUGCCUCGAGAUGGUCCUGUCAAUAUACCUAACCACCCAAUUCAUGGACGGGCCUGCCCAUCUGUGUUCUCAACCCGUGGGCAGGCAAUGUUGGCAAAUAGACUACACCAUUUUCUGAUAAUUUAAUUAUUUCACGUUGCAAUGAAGUAAAUGUGUCUGCCUCAAUUUAAAAAAAAAAUCAGCCAUAAACUUACAGUUUAAAGUACAUAGAGCCAUAGAUGGGUUUAAAUGUAUUUAAGGUUUAAAUUCUGACCAUAAAUUAAUAAAAAGUAACCCCCUCUCCAAAAAACCCACAUCAAUUGAAAAUGGAUUGUAAAAGGAAACUGCCAUAACAAAUACUAGAGAACCCACUUCCCUCUGCCUACGCUGACCUUUUUUGUGGAAUAUUAUUGCUACUAUCUACACACUGUUGUAUUGCUUGUGUAAGUGACACGUGUUAUUGUCCUGUUAAAAAGUUAUUCUGAACCUUAUAGGAAAACUAUAGUGCCAGGAAAACCGUUAUUUUCCUGGCACUAUAGCUCCAUAUAGUACCCCCUCACUUCCCGUGGGGGUAAAAACACCGGAGUCCAGCGCCAAUGUCCCUCUGGUCUGCCUCUGCUCUUUCCCCGCAUGCAGGGUAGACCUAAUGCGCAUACGCGACAAUGGCUGUGCUCGCAUUAGAAUUUCCCCAUAGGUAAGCAUUAUACAAUGCUUUCCUAUGGGGAUACGGGUGACACUGGAUGUUCUCAUGCAUAGCUUGACGACCCGGAAGUCCCUCUAGUGGCUGUCUGGUAGAUAGCCACUAGAGGUGGAGUUGACCGAUAAAGGUAAUUAUUGCAGUUAAUUAAUAACUGCAAUAAUUACCUUUUUGUGGGGUUAAGGGACCAAGGCAUAUGCACCCAGACUACUUCAAUGUGCUGAAGUGGUCUGGGUGAUUAUAGUGUCCCUUUAAAGGUACACCUCCAUCACUGUAUUACCUCUUAUGAUUUUUGUAUAGAUUAUAGCACAUGGAGCUCCCUAUUUCUGUCUUCUCUGAAAGCGGGAAUCAAAGCACUAUAACCACUACAGUGUACUAUAGUGGUUAUGUUGUCCAUAGUUUCCUGGCACUGUCCCACGGUUCUGGCAAUACAUGUGCACAGGUGGUGAAUCAUGGGAUAUAAGGUAGGUGUUAAACCAUUUGAAAAUGGUUCAACACAGAACCUUGGGAUGAUAACCGCAGACUGCAGUGGGUAUCGUGCUUAUAGUGUCCCAUUAGGUUCUAAGACAUGUUUUUACUGAAUUUUAUUUAUUUUGUCCAUUUUUAUUUAGAUCAGGGCUCAGGUUGCCAUUGUGAUUAGGAAUUUUGUCCUGGCGUCUGGAAGUUUGUUAGCCCCCAAGAUGGCCGGCCGAAGGGAGAAUGGAAGUGGGCUUGCAGCUGGUUGAGGGAGAAUGGAAACUGCGGCAAGGAAGCUGUGAUCUUCCUGCUCUGCUCCCUCGUGAGGGAACAGAGCAAAAAGAUGACCGUAGCCACAAAAAAAAUAAUUUGUGAGAGAAUAUGUAUGUGUGUUUCAAUGAGUGUGUUUGUCUGUUUAGGUGACUGGUCUUCCUUUGAUAGCAUGGGAAAGGUGUUUUUACUACCCUUUUUUCCCACGCUGUGCCGGUCUUGCUGCGGCUGGCCCUGCCUCGAUGGCCAAGACAUCAGUCUUCAUAAUCUCAGCCAAUCCAAUGCUUUCCCACAGGAAAGCAUUGGGAGGCUAUUGCACAUGCAUGGCAAAAUGCCAAAUUGCACCUAUCAGCAUCUCCUCAUAGAGAUACAUUGAAUCAAUGCAUCUCCAUGAGGAACGUCUCAGUGGAGAUGCUGAAAGUAGGUGCUGCACAUUGUGCAGCACUGAUCUAGGAACCACCGCUAGUGGCCAUCUGAGUGACAGCCACUAGAGGUGUUUCUAGGCAGUAAUGUAAACACUGCCUUUUAUCUGCAUUAACCUGGAGUGGUUCUGCUGACCAUAGUGUCCCAUUAAGAAUUUUAUUUUUGUCGUUGAAAAUAAAGCUUUGUUAGUUUAAAAAAAAAAAUCUAAAAAAAUCUUGGCACCCAACUUUUUCAGCCGGCCCAUAGAUUAAACGCAAAUUUGUCAAGCCUUGAUUUAUAUGCUUUCAUAUUAAACUAAAGAGCAGGUAUAUAUAAACGUAAGUAAACAAAGAUUAUAGAAACCGCAGUAUCGUGACUAUACAAGUAAUAGUACUGACUUUUCAGGAAACAAAUUACAGCGAGCAUUGGCAUCCUUUUUCAUGUUUUCCUUUUGGUUUACUUACAUUGUAAAUAUAAAGUUGCAGGCACUUGAUGCUUGGCCCUAAGCAACUGGGCUUCAUUCUAGUAAACGUGGACUUAUUUUAUACCAUAAACCCGAAUACAGCUGAGUUUAUGGGAAAUGUACUUUAGCCGUCAAUGGCAGUUCCAUUCAUCACAUCUGACAGCCCUAUUCAUAGUUUUUUGCCGAUCUGCUUACAGUCCAAAUAGCUCUGUAUUUCUUGCCUAGUGUAGCAAGAGCACAUUUAAUCCUAUGUAUUUACUGCAUUUUCGUGUGUCCUAAAGAAAGAUGUCGGGGGCGGGGGGCGGGGGGUUACAUAUUUAGGAAGUUUCACAGAAUUUAGGACUGUUGGCAAGUAUGAAAUUCUGUGAAUUCUGAAAUUGGUAUGGGGAAGGAUAUAAUGGGGCAGAGCCACAAUGGGGGCAUACCAGUAGAAAUAAGGAGUGUCAGCUCUCUCUUUGCUUAGCUCCUUUUUGCAGCUGGAGGUUUUUUUAGGAAAGAGAUCCAAAAUUAAGACUGUCCUGGCAAAUCUGAAAUGGAAUGUGACGGCAGAUAAGAACCAUUUGGCCCAUCUAGUCUGCCCAACAUACUUUCAUUAGUCCCUGGCCUUAUCUUCUAUCUAGGAUAACCUUAUGCCUAUUCCACGCAUGCUUAAACUCCUUUACUGUGUUAACCUCUACCACUUCAGCUGGAAGGCUACUCCAUGCAUCCACUACCCUCUCAGUAAAGUAAUACUUCCUGAUAUUAUUUUUAAACCUUUGCCCCUCUAAUUUAAGACGAUGUCUUCUUGUUGUGGUAGAUUUUCUUUUUUUAAAUAUAGUCUCCCCCCUUUACUGUGUUGAUUCCCUUUAUGUAUUUAAAUGUUUCUAUCAUAUCCCCCUGUCUCGUCUUUCCUCCAAGCUAUACAUGUUAAGAUACUUUAACCUUUCCUGGUAAUUUUUUUUUAAUUUUUUAUAUAUACUUUAUUUUUGAUGUGCAGUUGGUUACAAGUUAUCGUCAUACGCCACAACAGCGUGUUUGAGGAUGCGUUAAGGUUUGACAGUGGCAUGAGAGUUUGCACAUUUUUUAUAGUUAUAACAGGUUUAUCGAAACAGUAACAUCGUUCACAUACAGUGAGAUUAUUCUCGUUCAACAUUGCUAGGGUAGUUUUGUUAGUGCAUAUGCGGUGUUGUGAUGUGAUUUGCUAUGUAGCCGCAACUGGGUUGAGGAUGUUGUCUAUCCGGGUAGUGCUACUCUUGGCUGUUUUAAGGUGGUAUCUCUACACUGUCUUGACAGCGAUGUGUAUAUAGGUGUGUUCUGAGUAAGCUGUGGUAUCUGCGAGAGUCGGUUUGGUCCGUGCCCAUAUAUGCUCUUUGUGUGCUUGUGAGGAUGAUGAGCCCCUUGUCAGACAUUACGUGUCAGUCCUGCGUGGGCUGGGUGUGUUCCGCCUGUGCUGUCUGUGUAUGGGCUGUGUUCCUGGGAGUGACCCAUAUCGGGUGGGUGGUGGUACCUGGUUGGAGUGUUGUGUCGUCCCUGUGUGCUGGAGCCUUCGAGGGUACUAUGUGGGGGUGAGCUAACCAGCUGUUUGAACGGUAACUUAUCUUUCAUAAACGAGAGUUAAAUUAAAAUUAAAUUAAGAUUAAAAUAGCAGUAAGGAAAAUAAACAGGAAAGGCCAGUCUGCAUCACUUAGAGAAAACUCGGAGAAAACAGAGUUCGAAUAGAGUUACAGAGAACAGUAACGAUUAAUGACUGUACGUGAGAGGCAGGGUAGCGUUCCUUUUGCAAGCGGCUGGUGUGCCGAUUCUUAUUUCUCCUCCAUGAGCCACUGCGGACCGCAUGUGUUGUUCAACAGGUCCGGUUAUCCCCGAUGUGCCCAAGGGUCUUGUGGAGAGGCAAUGAGCCUGCCGGUGUCCUCUGGAGCCAAAGAUGUUUAGGCUGAGUCCUGUGUAUUCCCCUGGGGUUCCGGGUUGCCGUUUAAUGUGCGGUCGCAGUGCGUUAAGGGAGGUUGUAAGUCUCUGGUAAUCAGGACGUGGUCACAGCUUCUGCCUCCAUUUUUUUUCCCCUGCGGCUCAAAUGGUGUUAUCUUCGCUGGGUCCCAGCGUUGGGUCGUGGAGGAGGAGGUCCCCGGAUGCCCUGGAGGAGCGAGGGAGUCCUCAGGCAAGCCGAGAGUAGUGAGUAGCGACUCCGCUCCCGGAAGGUCUGUUACUGUGUAGGAUGCGUUAUUUCUCUGUACCUGCAGCGCCCUCGGCGUGCGCCAUUGGUAAGUUAUGCCGCUUUGCCGCAGGAGUGCCGUGAAAGGUUGGAGGGAUCGCCGCCAUUGAAGAGUGUCCCCGGAUAGAUCCGUGUAAAAGGUAAGGGCCGCGUUCUCGAAGGUGAAUGGUGUUUUUCCUUUGAGGCUUGUGAGUACUGCUGACUUGUCUGCGCCCGUGCGAAACUUCACUACCACAUCCCGGGUUGCAGAUACCGGAGCUCUUUGAGGCUUGGGGACUCGGAAGACCGCGUCAAUUGAGGUGGUUUUGGCUUGUUUCGGUGUCGGGAUUACUCCGAUUAGUCUGCGUACCAGAUGCGGCAGUUCCUCUGUCGGGACAUCGUCAGGGACACCCCUUAUUUUUACAUUGUUGCGGCGUCUGAGGUCUUCCAGGGCCGUGAAUCGUAGGUUAGUGGCCUCUUGUUGCUGUUUAAGGGCCUGUACCUCCGUCCGGAGCUCCAGUAUGGCCUGGGCCUGUUUGUCAGAUGAGGCCUCUAGUAUUCCGAUACGGUUCACCAUACCCGUCAGGUCUGUUCUUAGCUGGGCCAUGUCCGCCUGCAGCACUUUCUGCAGAUCCCCCAGCAUAGUUCGUAGUGUCUCCGUGGUUACCGGGUCGGGUGGCCCCUUUUUCGAGUUCGGCUGUGUUAACGGAGCAAACAUUCCGCCCAGGUAGUCCUCCAGGCCCAUGUCGUCUGAGGAGUCAGUAUAUUCAUCAAGGUCUGCGGCCAUUUUUGGCCCAUGCGCUCCCUGCGCCUGUCGGAACAAGUCUCCGAUAUCUGGUCCAGUUUUGGGUUUAUCUGGUCUCUGUUUCUUUGUCUUUCUCCCCAUAUCCUCUGUGGAGCAGUGGGGUGUCUUUACUGCGCUCUGUAUAGUUGUUAUAACGGGUGUUUUAAGUGAUUUGCACCGAGAGCUCAUCUAUGUGCGUCUAUCUCGUUUGCUUGCUUGGCUCCGCCCCUUUUUCUUUUCUUUUUCUGAAAUCCAUGAACCAGUUUAGUAGCCCUUCUCUGUACUCUCUCUAAAGUUUUAAAAUUCUCUUGUUUUUCUACAUUUUGCCACAUUUAAUACCUUGCUCCUUGAUGCUCACAAUGUUUUUUGCAUUUAAGUUAUCCUAUUUUGCUUCAAACUGGCUUGUUUUUACAGGAUUACUCUAGCCUCUUUGUGGCACAAUCCUAGUACAUGCCCAUAGCCAUAGCCCAGACGCAGAGCUGCAAUCUACAAUUUCUAAAGCUAAUGUAAGAUCGAGAGAGCGCAAACAAACAUUUAAUAGAAAUACUAUCUAUAGACAGUUAAAAUUAUGAUCAGAUAUAGUAGCAGUUGCAAAGAAUUUCCCAAAAGUUAAAACGUAUACAGAAAAAGUGCCAGCUCUUAGUGAAUUUUAUUUAUUGUCUCUGCACAUGGACUGGGAUGAAUCUCCCAAGGGCCGGAAAGACGCCCGCACUGCCCACCGCUGCGUUUGCCUAGAGCUCUGGAGGCCGCUCUCCAUCAACACGUUUCGCCCCCUUCCUGUGGGCUUUGUCAAUAUAGGAGGCGGUGGCAAUGGGUAAUAUAUAUAGCGUGGCCUGAAGUUGUGGGAGGGGCUUGGUUUGGUUCCCCUUCUUAAGGAGCACCAGCCCUUCCCUCAUUACCUGUUAGGUCUGGCGAGUUGCCCCACCCACCGCAUCACCGGGAUGAAUCUCCCAAGGGCCGGAAGGACGCCCACACUGCACACCGCUGCGUUUGCCUAGAGGCUCUAGAGGCUGCUCUCUAUCAACGCGUUUCGCCCGCUUCCUGUUGGGUUUGUCAAGAUUGGAGGUGGCGGCAAUGGGUAGUGGUGUGUGUGUGUGUGUGUGUGUGUGUGUGUGUAUAUAUAUGUUUCAUAACGAUAUCCCAAUGUCUCAGAUUUAAAGUCGUAGUGUCAGAUUACUUCAUGCAUCAUUAGAAAAUAAUACUUAAUGAAUCAACAAUGUGGUUAUUAUAAGGUUUUUUUUGUUUGUUUGUUUUUAUGUGGGAACUGCAAUGUGUGUAAGUUGACUGGUCCCCCUUAUGGAAUGAUCACUAAAUUUAAAUCUUUCAGAACGAAAAAAAAUAUGAUAUUAAAGAAUGCAUUACAUGUCAUACUAAACCAGUAAUUUAUCUUUUAAGCUGUACUUGUGGACUUCAAUACAUUGGCCAAACAAAAAGGAUGCUAAAAUUAAGACUGAGAGAACAUACAUGCAUAAACUUGCGUUUUAUAUUGUAACACACUGUAUGGAAACAUUUCUCUGAACACCAUACAGGAAAUCCAAGCACAUAACAAUUUUGUGGUAUAGAAAAAGAAAAGACCUUGAAGGGGGGGGGAUAUAUAUCUAAGAAACUCACAUACCAGGAAAUAUUCUGGGUUUAUAGCCUUAAAACCUUAGUCCCCCCUGUUUUAAAUGCAGAGUUUGAACAAGCAAAUAUAUAUAAAAAAGUGUUUUUCUUUUUUAUAUAAAAUAGAAUUUUAUUUGGAUAUUCACACUUUGAUUAUGUUAGGGGAUUCUAUAGAUUUAAAUAAAAAAAUAUAACAUCUGUACAAUGUUUUUAGCUUUUUCUAUCUACACUGAUCUCAUAUUUUAAUGUAUGAUUAAAUCUUAUGGUAAUAUAUGAUUUCUAUGACAAUCUCCCACUUAAUGUAUUUUGAAUAGUUUUUCAAUUUGUGUAGACGUCAUCUGUUUAAAUUUGUGUGCGCUUAAUAGAAUAUCAAGAAUACUGUUAUAUACAGUUUUUGUUAUUGGCAACAUGUAUAUUAAUUUACAAUGUGGAAAGGAACAUUGUGCAAUAUGUCAGGAUACGUACAUCUUAAAAAUGUAUCGAGUGACUGGGGCCCUGUUCCGCGGUGAUUAAAUGGUUAAUUAACCAUUUAUUUGUUUACCUUAAUCCAGUGCCGGGCUCCCUCAGCAGUGGUGACCUCUCCUCCUCCAUUGAAGUCAGCUCCUGAGUGGAGCCGAAUGCACAUGCGCGGCCAGAGGCGCGUGCACAUUCAGACCUGCCCAUAGGAAAGCAUUACUCAAUGCUUUCCUAUGGGGAUCGUUUUUGACACUGGAGGUCCGUGAGGACGUUCAGUGACCAAUAAGUGCGAUUUACUCUGUGUAAAUUGUGGAAGCGGCCUCUAGUGGUUGCUAUGUAUUCAGCUGCAGGGUUAAAACUAGGGGGGACCUGGCACCCAGACCACUUCAUUGAGCUGAAGUGGUCUGGGUGCCUAUAGUGGUCCUUUAAUUUAAUAAGUAAUAUGACACUAUCACUUAAAUCUGAGACAUUGGGAUAUCGCUAUAAAACCUAAAUAUUUAUAAUUGUCCUGAUGAAAGCUCUGUGUAAGAGCGGAAACGUUGACUGGAACUGUAAGAAUAAAGAAGAACUAACAUAUUAUAUAUAUUUUUUUUUUAAACCAAAUUCUGGAGUGCCGGUAUUUCUUUCAUAUGUAAAACCGUAACAUAAGAUGGACAGGGAAUGGAAAUGUCUGUUGUGGUGUGCCGGAACUGACAAGUUAGUAGGCCUGAAAUAAAAGAGGGCCUACCUUAUGCUUAUAAAAGGAGGUGCGGUGGGUGGGGCAACUCGCCAGACCUAACAGGUAAUGAGGGAAGGGCUGGUGCUCCUUAAGAAGGGGAACCAAGCCCCUCCCACAACUUCAGGCCACGCCAUAUAUAUAUAUAUAUAUAUAUAUAUAUAUAUAUAUAUAUAUAUAUAUAUAUAUAUAUAUAUAUAUAUAUAUAUAUAUAUAUAUAUAUAUAUAUAAUAUAAAAUCAUUACCCAUUGCCACCGCCUCCUAUAUUGACAGCCCACAGGAAGGGGGCGAAACGUGUUGAUGGAGAGCAGCCUCCAGAGCUCUAGGCAAACGCAGCGGUGGGCAGUGCGGGCGUCUUUCCGGCCCUUGGGAGAUUCAUCCCAGUCCAUGUGCAGAGACUACCAUCAGAUGGAGUGGUAACACCUCCACAAUAUUGUUACAACGCUGUUUGCGUGGUUAUUGGAGACAAUACCACAUUUAUUUUAUGUAAGGGUUCCAUUUGGGGAAGUGUGUGUGUUUUUUUUUUUUUUUUUUUAGCAAUCAAGUGUGCAAUAUUAUGCUAUGUGCGCAUUUUGUAUCCUUCUAAAGGUAUCGAUAUACUUGGUGGAUAUGCAGAACAUGUUACCUUUUUUGGAUACUUUUGAAAUACUUAAGGAUGCAUAUGCCCAUCCUCCUAAACUUAUACUGCACUAUAUUGAAUGUUAAUUGGAACUCUAUACAUAUAAGGUCAAAUUUAUUCGGUUUGUGAUACUCUAGAUUAAUUAUCUAAGGGGUUAUUUGCUUAGCGCUGGCACUUUUUCUGUAUAAAUCUACAACUUCUACUAACACCAGAAAAUUGAACUUUUAAAUCAGUCCUGCAUCGUCCGUUCUUUCAAUUAUUGCACUGUUAUUUCGCAUAACUGUCUGCACUGUAAGAUUUAAAGGGAUCUCCACAGACCAUGGGGAGCUCCAAGUUCCGCAAUAUAAGAGCAUUGAUCCAUCAGACUCAGGCCUACCUAAGAUCCUCUGAGGACUACAGUCUGGCAGAAGACUGACUAGCUCUAUCAAACAAACUGGUUAGUCCACCCCAACUACAGUGGAUGAAGCCCCCUUCACUAAAGAGGAUAUCAAAGGUCUGUUGAAGGACAUACAAGCGAUGUUCCAAGCAGACAUGGCAAUAAUCAUGGAAGAGGUGACCAUCCUUACAGACCAUAUAACCGCUGUUGAGGAAGACGCUGGAGCUGCUAAAUGUCUCAAACAGCUUAAGCAAUUCAUACCUUGAAUAAGAACUAAUGCAGCAUUAUCUGUCCUUGUGACUAUGCUGAAGACAGGGCCAGAGUCUGAAAUAUCCAGGACCCAGCACCUCCACUGCAGAGAAACUUCCUCCAUGAUGGAUUUAUACCAUUUACUUUUAUCGCAGGAUGAAUAAUAUUAAAACUGUUACAUUAAAUCCUUGUAAGUUCAGAGCAGGAAACACUCCCAAAAAAUCGCUUUAUAAAUAGUUCAUACAACUCCGGCGGGUUUAUCUUUCCUCCGUGUCCUCCAAUCAAGUGCUAAACACUGAGCCCAUCUCCAGUGACGUCUACUGUGAAAUGUUUUGCCCAAUCAAAUGAAUGACUUGUUCUGGAUUUGUCCUGCAAAAUCUGGAGAUUUGGAGAAAAUGUCUGGACCUCAAAUUGUGAAUUCCAUAUUUACCUUGGUGUAUAUACUGAACAUUAUUCAGAAGGUGAGCAUGAUGACUGAUUAAGAAGCACCAAAGCUCUGAACCUUUUUAAGAUUGUAUACCAUGUCCUCUCCAAAUCAAGAACAAGUUGGUCAUGUAAUUGGGAGAAAAUGCAUCACAUCAGAUGUCACUGACUCUAUUUGCUUAUAAUUUACACUUUGUAUGUUUUUCGAGCACAUCACUGUGUUUUGCUGGGUAUUUUCAUUUUGAUACUGAAUGUGUUAAGUGCAUGCAGCUAAAAAAAACCUGAAUAAUUUAUAAAGUGCAAAAUAUUUUCAAAUGCCUUGCAUUUUUAUUGGUUGGAAUAUAUUUAUUAUUCAUACUAAAUAUAGUAUGAUAAAGCAAAUUCGGCUGUGCCAUAUCACUGUUAACCCUGACUGGCUCCCUAGACAUUGUCAGUUCAAUGAUGGCAAAAGACCUGGUUGGUACAUAUGACAAACUCCUAAACACCAUUACUGUAUGUGUUGCCUUGGAGCUCUUAAUUAUUUUGCAAGCACAAGAAAAAGUGACUUAUAUAAAGCGAAAUAUCAGUUGUAUUAUGGUCUCCGUCUUCCUAUGUUGCAAUACUUACGGACACUUUCGUCACCUGUAAAAUCAUUUGAGCGGACUUAAAGUGACUCUGUCCUCCGUAAUUAUCUAUAGCAGGGGUAGUCAAUAAUUUAAUACUUACCGCCCACUUUUGUAUCUUUGAUGGUAAAACUUCCUUACUGCCCACCAGUGCCGCAGUGACGAAUUUUCUAGUGCAAGUGCUAUUUUUUUCAUUUAUUUAUUUAUUUUUUAUUAGAAAGAAGGUUUUUAUUUUUAUAUAUAUAUAUAUAUAUAUAUAUAUAUAUAUAUAUAUCUAUAUUAUUUUUUUAUAUAUAUUUUUUUAAUAUGUACUUACAUUUUUCACUAUUUUGUGUGUGUGAGAGAGAGAGAGUGAAGGGUGCAUAGGAUCUAUGCUGUGUGUAGGUGGGUGAGAGGUGAAAAUCUAUCUUAAUGUCUCCACCUCCUUUCUUCUUACCUUUUUACCAGGGUGGGGGGACAUAAUGCUAGUGGUGGCAUGUUCACUUUAGCCUGCAGCUCCUCCGGCUGCAGGCUGACUCCUGUGAGCACAGAACUGUAUCAAAACGUUGCCAAGGUAAUGCAUGGCAACGCUUGCUCCAGCCUGCUCGUGGUAGGAACCCAGAGCCUCCCAGGCACUUCCCUCCCUCUGCUGGAACCAGGUGCCAGCGGGCCAGUGAGGGAGAUCUUUUAUCUCCUCACCAGCCCAAGAAGGCUUACAGCAAGGCUGGCUUUGCAUGGGCCGGCAGGGGAGAUGAAAGGAUCUCCCCUGCCGGUCUUGGUCCAUGACCAUCGAGGCCCACUGGGUGUUUUUCUGCAGAACCUCCCGCUGCCCACAUGAAAUCCCAAACCGUCCACUGGUCUAUAGUCAAGUUGUCACAGCAUUUUUAAAAAAGUGUGUGUGUGUGUGUGUGUGUGUGUGUGUGUGUAUUUGUUGUGUAUUUUUUUUAAUUUAAAUUUAUUUAACAAAUUAAAAUAAAGGAGUUCCAGCUUGCAUGUGGGCACAGAGCACUAUCAUAGUGUGUGUGUGUUUCCUGCACAAUGAAAAUUGGAUGCUACUUUGCAAAUCGCAGAAUUUGAAGGAUUACUAAAGGCACCCAGACCACUUAAUCUAAAUUAAAUGGUCUUGGUGCUGUGGUCAUACGUUUUUAGCUCUGCAAUGAAAAACAUUACAGUUUAGUAGAUGUGUAACUACUUACAUUGCCUCGUAUACCGGACGGGCACUAGAGGCUCUUUCACUGUGAGAACAGAGUCAAUCUCUGUUUUUAUAAAUAACCUCCAAUAUGAGUACUGCGCUGCCUCGCAUGCACUUUGUGUCACCAAUGCGACUCUGCGUAACAUUGGACUGGACUUUUAGUGGCCGCAUGAUAUUGCGGGAGGCAGUCCGAGUGGCUGCAGGAACUCAGGAGCUUGUGGUGAAAAAAGGAAAAACUCAUUAUGUUUUUUUUUAAUUUUAUUUAUUUAUUUUUCCAAAUUAAUUUAGGUUGGGGGAGGGGGGCUAUUCCUAAUGCAAUAAUGUUCCUUUAAAUUUUCUCUUAAGAACAUCCCAUGUUCACUUCACUCGUGUCAGGUUUUGUUUUUUUAUUUAAUUUGUAGCUGUCACACGCAUUUGAUAAAAUGUUGUUUGUGGAAAAUUCACCGUAGAAUUUUUGAAAUUCUAAGGCCCAAAUAACCUAGCUGGAAACAUAACUGCCUUGAAUUUUUUUUUUUCUAAUCUGCCUAUUUUUGCCUAAACCGUGUAAUUCCCUGGUGAAAUCCAGCCAAUUUACCGUUCCGUGAAUAAACCUGUGAUGCAAUCCACACGUGGCCGCUUCCACAGUGAAACACUGACAUGGAUCUUCAAACAGUAAUCUCCGCCAAACCUAUUCGGCUAAAAGAAAAUACCACUUGGCUAUCUUCCAUUAUCAUUUAAGUUAUUUAUGGGAAAAAAUGUCAGGUGACCGAGUCACAUUAAGAAGUGACUAAAGAAGUGGAGAACUGUAUGAAAAGUAAUAAGAUAAACAAAAUACACAAAGGUUAUAUAAAGGGAGAAGUAGGGAGGGGAACCACUUCUGCAGAUCUGACAAAUGUUAAAGAAAACACACCCAGGCAGGGAAUUCAAAGUGACAAUUUCUCCCAUAAAGUUCACACAGGAAACACAGCUGACUUAAGGAGAUUUUCCAGCUAUGUUGGCCAUUCAUUUUAAACUUUCUGUUAAGUUCCCCAAAAGUUUCACUUUAGUGGAAGGCAGACUUGGUUCCCAUAGAACAGGGAUAGCUAAAAGGUAAUACAAUCUGACUUUAAAGCUGAGAGCUGUCCUACAAUUAAUGAAUUGGCAAAAUUAUGGCCAUUUUUAUGUGAAUAGACAAUGCCUUACAGCCAUAAUCAGGAGGGCGCUAAAUGGACAUUACAUCAGUUCUGAUUUGUGCAUAGGUCUUAUUUAUAGUUCCAUAGUGCUUCAUUUGAGAAGUGUUAUUUAAGUGUUCUGGAGCCGUUAAGGUUUGGAGUUUUGGCAAACAUUAGGUCAGUUGAGUUUAAAAAGAUAAGAAAAAGUGAUAGAGCCAAAGCUUUGAAAGGAGAUAGAAGGGUUGGUGGUGAAGUAACAAUGAGGACAAGCUGGCAAACGGUCAAAUAGCACAUUUAAGGCUUGAUGGGAUUCCAGGGGAAGAAUUUUUGUAAUGUGGGUGGUUAGUGUUGCAGAUAAGAUCUGUAGGCUUAUUCAUUUAAAGUGUGAACUGUUGGGAAUACAAGCUGAAUUUCCAAACAGCCAAACUAUGAACAUUGAACAGUUGAAAUGGGUUCAUUUAUUGUUUUUUGUAUGGGUUUUCCAUACAGACAGUCUUAUUCACUAAAGUGAAUUUCAAACUUAACUCCAAAAUACCUGGAAAAAUUCUGUCAGCUAUGCUUUUAGUUUACGUGCUCUGACCUUAAAGGGAGACUCCACCCCUGCAAAUACCAACCAAAUAAAAAUCACUGUUUAGUAUAUUUAUCCUGAAAUGAAAACUUGCAUGCAUUUAAUUAUGCGUGUUUUUUUGUUUUGUUUUUUUAAUUUUUAUUUUUUUUCAAUCGAGGUUAUAUAUAAAAACAGCUUGCAAAACCUGCAGUUCUCUUGUCUUCAGCCUUUGCAAGUCCUCCCCAUCUAACCCCACCAAGACUUUCUAUGGCUGUCCAAUCACAGACUGUCUGAUUAGAAAAAAAAAAAUAGGAUGGGGUGGGGGGGGGGGGCGUGGAGCCGAUGCACGGCCCUGAGCUCUGUGCCCUAAUUGGCAAUAAAUUGAGAAUAAGGUGGCAUUGGGGCGAGUGAGCCACAGCAAAUUUAACACCCCACCUUGGAGCAGACAAUGGGCCGAAAAACUAAAAUAUCUCAAACCGACAAAGGCCCUACUACAAGGGACAUCGGCGAGCUGCUGCAGCACUCCCAAGCCCUGGAGGAUGAAGUUUCCUCAUACUCCUCGAAGGAAGCUUCCAUCGACCCAGGACAGGGAGCAUCACGCAGCCCGCCAGUAGAGUCUAAUGCCUAAAGGCGCAACUGAAGGGGCUACUAUAAAGAUCAUGCUACUUGAGGCCUCUAGCAGAACUCAAGACACCAGAUUGACGGUAGAACAGGUUGCUGAAUUCCCCAUCAAGGAGCGGGUGGAUGCAUUAGAUUAACAGAGGAGGAGGUACAACCUCAAAAUUAAGGGCAUUCCUGACACGGCGGGCCUCAAUGACAUACCCCACUUCAUCAGACGCAUGACCACAGCACACUCCACUUCAACCUCAGGCUCACGCAGGGGAUAAUCAAUCUCUUAUUAUUGUACAUUGCUUUACUGUAAUGUAAUUUUCCUUUCGUAUAAAAAAAAAACAACAACAAAAAACAGAAAAACUCACUGCAUGUUACAUACUACUUGAUGCUAUGUGGCCUUGCUAGGCACUACUAAGUUGAUAUGUUUCAGACGAUACUGUAUUGUACACUUUCCAUGCAGUGUGAAAUAAAAUAAAAUAGGACACACUCUUCACACACAAAGCUUUUCAGCAAGCUAAAGUGCUUUAGGGGUCUGGAGUGUCCCACAUGCCAGCCAUUCCUAAACAAAUCCUUCUUUGCUAAUUGCUAUAUAUGUUUUGAUUACAGGUUCUCUGUCUCAUCAUCGUGAUUUGUUUUGCUGCCUCUCGAACUCCAGGGUACCUCGGGCUUGCUAUCACUGAACUAGUCUUUUGUAUCGUCUUUUUUGUGAUCUUUGCCGUUCACUUCAACCAGCAGCUUUCCUUUAUUCAUUGGGGAUGGACGGUAAGUACACGGUCAUACGACCAGCUCAAACUGAAGAUGGAGUUUGAUAUGUACUGCUAGUAAAUGGUGGAAGGAAUUUUGGGUAAUGUCGGCUAUUAUGAGGACUUUUUAACAAAAGGAGUUCUCAAAUUAGCACUGCAGAAUACAGUAGAUAUUCAAAAAAUGGUAAUGUCAUUUUGAUGUUUUUAUUUUUUUUAUUUAAGAACUAGUGACUCCCAUUGCUACUAUUCUAUUUGUAUGUUAUGGUCUUUGCGGGAAGAUCUGAUGGGCAGAUUGGAGUUUUUGUUUGUUUAUUUAUUAAUUUUAUAAGGCUUCGUCUAGGCACCAUAAACUAGUUUCCAUUCUGUAGCGACAUCUCCCAGGUUAAAGUAAAACCUGUUUUGAAUCAUUUGACCCUGAUCUGGUCUACCAGGGCAAAUGUAGGUCAGCCCCUCUUCGGAUAUAUGUUAAGCAGAGGCUCCCCUUCCACAGAAGAUAAAGAUUUGUCCAUGUUUUGCCUAUCUGAACAGUAUUAACUAGCUGAGAAUGUCAGCUGAUCUCUCCGCCAACAAAGCUUGUCCAAACACUAAUACAUAAGUUGGGACAUCCACUUUUUCUAUACCUGAAGAGCGAUCAGAUCCAGGUAAGUGUCAAAGUGUUUUAAAAUAGUUUGAUUAAUUCUUGUCUCCUGGCACCAUAACCAGUACAGCAGGCUGUAAUGAUUUAUGGUGCCUAGACUGACCAUUUAAGUGACAUUACUAUAACCAUUACAGCCGGGAUGGUGGCACAUAUUAUUGUUCUAGCAAUCAGUACAGCAAGUAUAAUUCAACACUAUAAGGAUAUGCUGUGUAAAUAUAUUGAUUUUAUCAAGAGUUAAUUUAAUUUUACAAUGAAGGUAAUACCUUUUUCAUUAGUGGUCUAUGGUUGAGGGAGUAUUCUGCCUCUUAACCACUACCUGGCCCACACCCCCAUACCCAUUGUAAGGAAUUAAACUUUUUUUGGCCAUUCUGACUUCUUACCUGGAGUCUGCCUGACAACGCUCCCCACUUCACUGCCAUUGAUGGAGAACCAGAAGUUCCAUUAGCUCUCCUGAGCUAAGCCCUCCAGUGGGCUUAACUCCUUGGCGCCCAUAGCUAUGAACUAAACACUGCAUUGCCGUUCUUGGCUCAGGAGAGCUAACAGGAGUUCCUGCUUAAGAACUUUGCAGUUCUCCGACUAUGAUAAUAAAGGUGAGGUACGGCUUUAGUGGUUAUAAUGCUUAGUGUUCCUUUAAUUUUCCAGAGUCUUGUGUUGGGAAAUUAUCAUCCUCCUGAUUGGGGAAUUAUUUCUGUCUGUGUAGCUAUUUGUAACUUUUUUUACAAAACCGGAAUAGGAAUAGUUCCAUAUGUUUGACACCUGCUGGGUUAAAACUACUUAUGAAAAUAUCUUCUAAGCAACUGAACUGUAUUGAACAAGUCACAAUUAUAGGAUGUCUUAUAUGUAACCAUUUUUUUUUUUUUCCUCCCAAUCAGGAUUUCCUUCGUGCUGCCAUCGGUUGCCUCUUAUUUAUCAUUACAUCCAUUAUCUCCCUGAUUAACUAUGGUGAUGGGUCUGCUGUUGCCGGAGCAGUGAGUGUUGCUUUAUAUCACUUUCCUAAUUGUGUUGCUUAAUCUCCUUGUGUCUCUCCCCAAUCCCAGUGACAGAAAAUGUUGUGUUUAAAGCAUCAUGUGCAUACUUCAGAGGAUCCCAACUGCACGUGGUUUGUGACCACCACAAUAGGUGUAAUAGAGGCUGUAAGAUCUACUAAAACCUGAAGAAUCUAGAUGUAACUGAUGCCAUUUAUGAAUCUGUUUAUUUACCAUAUUUCUUCAUAGACCCUUAAUGCUAUACAAACCAGUUGAGGGCUACUAUGCAUGCAAUUCAUUGAAAGUUCCUACAACAGAUUUCAACUUCCUUCCCGUAGUUUGCCAUCAACUUCUCAUCUUUUCAGUAAUGGGAUGUUUAUGGUAUUAGGCUGUGGUUCGGAGUAGACCAUGUGUUCCCCCACCAUGGCUAUCUCUGAUUCUUCCUCAAUCGCAAGCUUCACUGUAAUAUAGAAGGUGCUCUAAUAUGACGUAAAUUGGCAUAAUUUGCCAGUAAUUCAUUGGGAUUGACUCCUACCACAUGUACAGUAGGGUUAAAGGGUAAUCAUUACUGGGUAAAGACUUUCCAAUGGCCACUGCUCAUUUCUCUACCCUAUGUGCCUUGAGGUGAAAGUGUGUAUAUAAUCCAGACCUACUGCGUAUAAGAUUAAGUAUAUGCCCAGUACUAUGAUCCAAAAUUAAUGAGUCAGAGGCAAAACGCUAUCUGACCCCAAUUAAAAAAACAAACAAACAAACAAACCCUACUAAAGGUCCAGGGUAUGUCCAGCCCUUUGGUGCCAACAGUGAAAUCUCCAUUCUAGUUGGCAAGGACGUCCCAACCUUCAGCCACUAACCCCAUCAAUACUUAAAUCAACAGGAUCAUUUAUAUGCCCUCUUUGUUCUGAGGCCACCUCCUCUCUCUGCCAGAUGCCAGGUUGCCACAAGAAAGUAAUGAACAAAGUAGUGUCCAAUGCCUUGAUCCUGUACCUGUCUCUUGAAGUGUGCUCUAUUGUGUUUCGUUUAGCAGUGGAAUUCAAAAAAUCAUUGAUAAAGACCCAUUUUCUUACCCUACAGCCCUUGUCCAGUGCAUGUAACACAGAAAAUAAACUGUAGCAGUUAGAUUGCUUAGAUCAUCCCUCUACCGUUCCUACCUCUAAAUAGGUCAGCAAACAUUGAACAAGAUAAGGACUUUCAGGUCACACCAUUAUUGUGCUAUGUUUAAUGAGCUCUGUCAAUACAGUGUUUACCACAAUGAGUUGAAGCAUUUUCCUUAGUUUGGGGUUGUCUGCAUGUGAUUUUGGGUUCUUGGCACCCAGUAUAGUACUACUGAAAUAUGGCUUCUCCGUCUGAUUUGUACAUCUUUCGUCUUGCAGGUAUUUGGACUUAUAGCCGGCAUACUCUUUGGUUACGAUGCGUACAACACAUUUACACAGCUCAGGAGGAAACAUCAACCAGCUGCAACUGGUAAUUAAUCUGUGCUGUACAAUUUCUGUAAUAAGUCCUGAAUAUUAUCUAAACCAGGGCUGCCCAAUAGGUAGAUCCCCGUAUGUUGUAGAACUACAACUCCCUAUGAUGCUUUGUCAUUCUAAAGGCAUGCAAAGAUGGAUUAUUAGAUAUUUAAACUAUAAAUUUGCACUAGAAAAUAGCAGUUGAUCUGAAUAGUUUAUCCAAUUACUUUUUAUUUUUAAAGGGGCAUUAUAGUCACCCAGACCACUUCAGCUCAAUUAAGUGGUCUGGGUGCCAGGUCCCUCAGGUUUUAACCCUUCAGAUGUAAACAUAGCAGUUUCAGAGAAACUGCUAUGUUUACAUUUGGGGUUAAGCCAAGACAGCCACUAGAGGCACAUCUGCGAUGCUGGAGGCAUUUAAUGCCUCCAUCAUGCAGAGCGUCCAUAGGAAAGCAUUGAAAAUGCUUUCCUAUGGACACUUUGAAUGCGCGCGUGGCACUUGCUGCGCAUGCACGUUUGGCUCCGCUGACGUCGGCGGGGGAGGAGACGUCACCAGCGCAGAGGGAGCCUGGCGCUGGAAAAAGGUAAGCUGCUAAAGGGGUUUUAACGCCUUCAGCGCCACGGGAGGGGGACCCUGAGGGUGGGGGCACCCUCAGGGCACUAUAGUGUCAGGAAAACCGUUUUACCGUUUAAAUACUUUUCACAAAUGGUUACUGUGACUCUCUUUAGGGUGCUUUUUAUAAACAUUAUAAAUAGAAUACAGAGAAAUCUACUUUCCCUCACUGUUCUGUCCACCCUUGAUCCAUCUAUACAACUCCUCUGUAGUUUUCAAACUAAUCUUAUUAACUAACCUGCACAUGAAGACUAUAGUGUCAGGAAUACAAACCUGUAUUCCUGAUACUAUGGGUGUAAAAACAAUGUUUAGGUUUCUAGCCCCCUUCCCCUCCCUUGUGAAAACAGUUGAUUUUUUUUUUUACCUCUUACAAGUAUCGUGUGGGUUGAGUCAUAGCUGGCUCCCCACACACUCCACCUCCUUUGGCUAAAAUCAUCAAUUUUGUUUAUUUCAGUCAAUCCACUGCUUUCCCAUAGGAAAGUAUUGAGAGGCAAUUGUGCAUGUGUGGCAAAACUUUGGGCUGCACCAAUGAGUAUCGUAUCAUAGAGCGUUUAAUCAGUGCACUCCUAGAAACAUUCAGCAACUCCAUGAAGAGCAUGGAGACUCUGAACGAAUGUGCAGCACUGACCCAGGAAGUAUCUCUUUUGGCCAUCUUAGUAACUGCCAUUGGAGGUGUCACUAGGCUGUAGUGUGAACACUGUUAUCUCUGAAAAGCUGUGUUUACAUUAAAAUGCCUGCAGGAACAGGAUAUAGACACCAGAACAACUACAUUAAGCUGUAGUUGUUCUGGUGACUAGUGUCCCUCUAAAAAAAAUCUAAAUUAAUUUUUUAUAUAUAUAUAUAUAAAUUUUUUUUUUUUUUUUUCUAUAAAUUACAUUUUCUUAAAGUUCUUAGAAAUGCACAUAGGAAAAGCACUGUAUUACUAUAAACCGUACCCAGGCACACCGUACUCUGUUUUUAAUGCUCCUUUUUUGUUCUUUCUAGAAACUACUGACGAUGUUUAAAGCUCAUGGUCACAAAGAUGGAGGUGUCUUUGUCUCGAGCUGCGUGCCUCCAUAUUUUCCCCACCUUCUGUAUAGAGUUGACCGUGGUGAUACCAGCUCUGGCACACAGGGUGUUAUCUGUACAAUGAAUAACAUGCAUUUUUGUGUAAUUGUAUAUGAAUACUUUAGUGUACAUAUGUGAACAGAUGAACGUGUUAAUGUAUUUGUGUGCUGACACGUUUCUGUCAUCGAAUUUGUCCACCAUUAGAACUUUACUUAUGUUUAAAAAAACAGUGACAUUUAUUUUUUUUUAAUACAUUUCUCACAACAGAAUAAAAAAAAAAAAAAAAAAGUUGAUAUUGGUGAUGUGGUUUAUUAAAUAGAAUAAUUUUGGUGUUUCCACAGUCAGAAGUGCUAUGGGACAGUGUAAAAUUUAGCUUUUUGCUACCUUGCUUGUAUUCCAAAAUAAGGUAGGUCCUUGAUGGUAACAUUGAUAAGUCAGGUGUUCCGAAGACAAAAACUAUUCCUUCAGAAUUCUGAAGACCUUCACAAAGAUGGUGAUCUUAUGGUCAAGUCACGAUAAAUUGCAGCUUUUGUCUUUCUUUUUUGGGGUUGAAACUGGAGUCGGUGGAGCUUUGUAUCCUGGGGAUCUCAUGAAUGGGGGCAGGGGAAUAGGUUCUCCUAGAAAAUAACCUUCUUCUUCUUCAUCAGACGAAGAGGAUGAUGUGAAAGAAGGAUGAGAAAACCUUACAGGUUCUUUGAGUUCAGAGCUGAGUGGUAUUUUGAAAGUGACCCGAGUUGCUGUCCGUGUUUGACUGCUUAGGUCGGGCAGAGAACGUCUUUGGGAACAGUCACGUGAGAAUUCAUUGGGAACUCUACGUAAACUGGAGUGUAAAGAACGCAUUAGCGGAGUGUGCAAGUGGCAGGUUUGGGUUGUCCCUGACUGAUCUAACAUGGAUACAGAGCGUCCUCCCAUUCUGCUCUCCCCAAUGCUCUCUCCUUCUGGGUUAUGAUUUGUAGAGGUGCCCACAUCUCGUGUCUCUUUCCUUAAAGGCAUCUCUAUUCGUGAGGGGCUUAUUGAGUGCUCACUCACUGUUCGUGCCAAACUACAGCUCCGGGAACAGUAAAUUUGUCCAUGUCGUGGUAGGAAAGGUCUGCCCAGCAGAGAUGUCCUGCACCUUCCACAACAGAAGCAGCCCUCUGAUGCAUGCCAGUGCUGCCCUCCGUAAGACAGCUGUCCCUCAUCUAUACCUGGAGAGAAAGAACAAUCCCGUGAAUUGUAUAUAGACUAUACAUUAAAAUAAUAGCCUUACAGCAUGUGAGCCUAGCUGGUACAUGGAAAUUCUAACUUCAUUUAAAAACAAACAAACAUUUGUUGAUAUAAGUGAUCCAACAUAAGCUUUCUAACUGAUCGAAGAGGGGUAUUAUUUCAGAUAUUUGCAAUGUAGCACUUUUUGUA